UCCUCAGAGGGUGUGUGUGAGAUCUGGCUGACCAGUGAGGACACCGGGGCUUAUGGGAAGGACAUCGGGACAGACCUGCCCACUCUGCUAUGGAGACUAGUGGAAGAAAUUCCCGAAGGAGCCAUGCUGAGACUGGGCAUGACCAACCCUCCGUACAUCCUGGAGCACCUAGAGGAGAUGUCUAAGAUCCUGAACCAUCCUCGUGUGUAUGCCUUUCUCCAUGUCCCGGUGCAGUCUGCCUCCGACAGUGUCCUGAUGGAUAUGAAGAGGGAGUACUGUGCUGACGACUUCAGGCGCGUCGCUGACUUCCUGAAAGACAAGGUUCCUGGUAUCACCAUCGCAACGGACAUCAUCUGUGGUUUCCCAGGGGAGACGGAUGCUGACUUCCAGGAGACAUGUGACCUGGUGAGGGAGUAUCGCUUCCCCAGCCUCUUCAUCAACCAGUUCUACCCCCGGCCUGGCACCCCCGCCGCCAAGAUGACCCAGGUCCCUGCCCAAGUGAAAAAACAACGGACCAAAGAGCUGUCGGCCCUGUUCCACUCCUAUAACCCCUACCACCACAAGAUUGGGGAGACCCAGCUGGUGCUUGUGACUGAGGAGUCCUUUGACGCCCAAUACUAUGUGGCUCACAACAAAUACUAUGAGCAGGUGCUGGUGCCCAAGAGGUCAGAGUUCAAGGGGAAGAUGAUUGAGGUGGAGAUCUUCGAGGCCGGCAAACACUUCCUGAAGGGAAGACCGCUGGACGGCUCCGUAGUGUUCACUCCCUCCAUCGCCGAGCCGCUGCAGCAGGGGGAGGUGUCUGGCCUCAGUCAGGAGCAGCUGUCCCUCCAGCAGAAUGGGUCCGUCCCCUCCUCAGGCGUGCUGACUGUAUCCUGGAGCCCCUGGAGCCUGGACAGAGAGGGGCUGAAGCUGCUGUCUAUCAGCCUGGCUGUGGUGGCUAUCCUAGUGGUCUUCAUGUGGGAGAAACUCCACUGAGACAGAGGGGCUGGAAGACAUGGACCUGGGCCUGUAUUUAUAGAGCGUCUCGGAGGAGGAGUGCUGAUCCAAGAUCAGGGCCCCCUCCUUUACAAUCAUCCUUAUAUUCUACAAGGCAAAACUGAUCCUAGAUCAGCAUUCAUACACCGAGACUCUUUAUGAAUAAGGGACCUGGAUCAAAUACAUAUGGAAAUUAUUUCCAAGUACUUUGUACUGGGCAAACUAAAUCAAGCGUAGCUCGAGUAUUUGAAAGAGUUUGACAUAUUUAUUUGGCCCUAUAGGUUUGGUUGAAAUGGGUUUUGGAUGGGUCCUAGUUUAGCUUUAUAUGAGGAAAAACCUCUCAGUCUUGGACAAAGACGGAUUGAAUCUGAAGCUGCAUAUGAGA